GUUUGCCAAGAUCUAUAUUAAGAAAAACUUUAUCUUUGAAAUCAUGAAGAAGGAAAAAAUUAUGCAAGUUUUGCUGUCACACAUCAAACUGAAAAAGUUAUAGCCACAGUAUAUUGUCUUAGGUAUUCUAUUUUAUUAUUGUUAAUCUCUUACUGUGCCUAACUUAUAAAUUCAACUUGAUCAUAGGUAUGUAUGCAUGGGAUAAAAUAUGGUGUAUAUAUAGGGCUCAGUACUGUCUGCAGUUCCAGAUAUCCAGCAGGGGUCUUGAAAACUGUCUCCCACUGAUAAGGGGAAACUGUACCUUUGUCCACUACUCAAACUGAUGCAUAGCAUCUUCUGGUUUGCUAUGACUUCAUGUAUGUAAAACUUCUAAAGUACCUGGCACACGUAAAGCCCUAUUGGUUUAUGGUUUGGGGAAUACCAAACUUCCUGUUUCUCAUCUUCCAUCUUAGUGCCUUCCACACCAUUUAUCUUCUCUCAUAAGCUUUAAUCAAAGCAGAAAGAUCCCAAUAUACUAUCCUUGGCCCCCUUUUUCUCAUUCAGGAACAAAUAAUCGAUGACUCUUAGAGCUAUGUGGCACUUAGGAUUAGUAACAUGUUGGUGACAUGCCAUUCUUUUACUGAAAGAACACUGAGGUCUGGAGAAGUAACUAUGCGCGUCAUCCCCAGAGCAAUUUGACAGCUGAGCAAAGCACAAUGGCAUUCGCUGUUAUUUGUGGCUAAACACCUUUAAAAAGUCCCCAAUAUAUUUUCAUUUUUAGAAAUCCUCACUUUAGACUUAAAAUGAUCUGCUUCUAUGAGGAUUUUUGAUAUGAUACAUUAAUCAAACUUAACUAUGUGCCCCUUAAGAAUAUUGUCAGUUCUAUCAAUCUUCAUAGCUCACCCAGUGCUAGGUGAGUGUUUUACGUUGUGUCAAGUGGAGAAGAUCAGUUCUGGUUAGCAGCUUUAUUGCCACAGAAAGGACACUGGCAGGUACUUCUCAUAGCUCUAGUCAUGCUGAAUUCCCGGAAAGGGGUGUCAGAAUGAAUUGCUCUAAGCUCUUCUCCCUGGUAGAAGAACAUCUGACCUCUCUUGGAGAUCUCUUCAAUUUUCGGUGGAAACCGUGAGCCAGUCAUGUGCUCAGGGAAUCAAACUUCUCAGAAUCAAACAGCAAGCACCGAUUUCACCCUCACGGGACUCUUUGCUGAGAGCAAGCAUGCUGCCCUCCUCUACACCGUGACCUUCCUUCUUUUCUUGAUGGCCCUCACUGGGAAUGCCCUCCUCAUCCUCCUCAUCCUCCUCAUCCUCUCAGAGCCCCGCCUCCACACCCCCAUGUACUUCUUCAUCAGCCAGCUCGCACUUAUGGAUCUCAUGUACAUAUGCGUGACUGUGCCCAAGAUGCUUGUGGGCCAGGUCACUGGAGAUUAUACCAUUUCCCCAUCAGGCUGUGGGAUCCAGAUGUUCUUCUACCUGACCCUGGCUGGAGCUGAGGUUUUCCUCCUGGCUGCCAUGGCCUAUGACCGAUAUGCUGCUGUUUGCAGACUUCUCCAUUACCCACUGCUGAUGAACCAGAGGGUGUGCCAGCUCCUGGUGUCAGCCUGCUGGGUUUUGGGAAUGGUUGAUGGUUUGUUGCCCCCCAUUACCAUGAGCUUCCCCUUUUGCCAGUCUAGGAAAAUCCUGAGUUUUUUCUGUGAGACUCCUGCCCUGCUGAAGCUCUCCUGCUCUGACGUCUCCCUCUAUAAGACGCUCAUGUACCUGUGCUGCAUCCUCAUGCUUCUCGCCCCCAUCAUGGUCAUCUCCAGCUCAUACACCCUCAUCCUGCACCUCAUCCACAGGAUGAAUUCCGCCGCCGGCCGCAGGAAGGCCUUGGCCACCUGCUCCUCCCACAUGAUCAUAGUGCUGCUCUUCUUCGGUGCUUCCUUCUACACCUACAUGCUCCCGAGUUCCUACCACACAGCUGAGCAGGACAUGAUGGUGUCUGCCUUUUACACCAUCUUCACUCCUGUGCUGAACCCCCUCAUUUACAGUCUCCGCAACAAAGAUGUCACCAGGGCUCUGAGGAGCAUGAUGCAGUCAAGAAUGAACCAAGAAAAGUAGUAAAGGGCAAGCAUUGUCCCCUCCUCUUUCUAUAAUUCCGUUACUCCCUAUCUCUCCUCUCUUUUGCCCUCAGGUCCCCGGGUCCCCAGCACAAAGCCCACUCAUAUUUUCCUUCUUUCUUAUACGUGGCGUUUUCCCUCCAUACUGCUUAUUGCUCCCAUUUAUCUCAUUGGAUUUAAUAUCUUUGGAGUGUUUUUAACUGCACUGCUGUAGCUGACCUAUGAAAGACCUUAUAGAGUGCCUUUUAUCUUAUCUCCCAUCCCAGGUUCAUUGAGCAUUUUAGUAUGAGACUUGGUCUUAAACACUUUACCCCUCGAAGAGACUCAUUGUAAAGACUUAGAAUCCUAGCAGAGCCCUAGAGGGGAGUAUUGGCUGCUCCCUCCCUUUGCAAUACAUUGUAAACCUCGGUUCACAUUGGCAGCCACUGGGGUCAGUGUUUCUGCUAUUGUAUCUCAGUAAGUACAAAGAAACGCAUUUUCUCCAAAGGCUGAAGUGAACUUUGUAGUGUAAACACCAGUAGUUUUAGCAUUGGCCAUUGGAACCACCUAAACCAAAAAUGAAUCCAUUUCAAAAUUCAAAGAAUAGGUUCAUCUCUUUCAUAGUAUGUAAAUAAAAGUAGUUCCAGAUUUAGUUUCUUUAGGAUUUAGUCUAUUCCAGACAAUGGUCUACUACGUUUACACUAAAUAUCAUAACAGUCGCGUGCGAUAAUGGAGACUUAGGAAAGCUUAACCCCCUCAGCAUGUUUCUUCUGAAACUGGGAAAACCAGCAAAAUGGUUAUAAACUUGUCACUAACCUUUAGUUUGCCAGAUGUAUAUCAUGCUACAAAGGCAACUUCUGUAAAUCUAUGAGCAGCAGAUCACUAUCAUUUUCAUUAACAAAAUAAUUCAUGGGUCUAGUAUUUCUGGAACGUGAGAAAUUAGGAAAGAAAUACAUUUGUUCUAAUUAAUAUGCAAGAAGCUGAAUCUCGAGCUGUAUCGUGAAGCUGUUAAUUUACUUCCCCUUGGCACAGCCCUGAGCUUGCCUGAUUUACCGACAAUGAAUGGAAGCCAGGUGUUCCCAUGCCUAUCGCAUCUUCGAGAGAACUGUCAAGUACUUGCUUUACGUGACACAUUGGCUGAACACUUUUGCUUCUCACUGAAAAUUAUUCCUGCGGUGCAUGAAAGGAGUUUGUCUGAGUUUGUGUACAGAGAUCUGAAUUUGGAAGUAAAUUCCACCAAGUGGUGCAGAAAUAUCACUUGUAAGAGGGGGUUGUUAGAGGUAGGUAAAAUUUCGUUUCAGAAAUUGCUGUAAUUAAAUGGGCAAAACUGCUCAAAUGGACACCACAGAUGACUAACAAUGUUCUUAUGUUGUCAUUAUAUUAUUUAAUUAUAUUAUUGACCUCAGGAACGUGUACAGAGAGGGAUUGCUGAAUUAUAUAGUAGCUCUAUUUUUAAUCUUUAUAAAACUGUCAUACAGCUUUCAACACAGGCUGUUGCAACUUACGUUUCUACCAGCAAUGCACAUGUACAAGGGAUCCAUUUUCUACACACACUUGAGAGCCCUUGUUAUGUAUUGUCUGGUAAUAGCCAUCCUAGCAGGUGUGAGCUGAUAGCUCAUUGUGGUUUUGAUUUGCAUGGCCCUGAUGAUUAGUGAUGUUGAACAUCUUUUCAUUCACCUGUUGCCUACUUGUAUUCCCUCUUUGGAAGAAUGUCUAUUCACACUGUCUUUACCAUUUUUAAGUUGGGUAAUUUGAUAUUUGUUAAUGAUUUUGUCAGUUUCUUUUAUAUUUUGGAUGCUAACUCCUUAUCCAAAAUAUGGUUUGCAGAUAUGUUCUCCCAUUGCCGAGAUUACCUUUUCAUUUUGUUGUUUCCUUUUCUGUGCAAAAGUUUUUGUAUGUUGAUGCAGUCCUACUUGCUUAUUUUGCUUUUGUUGCCUUAAUUUUUGUGUCAUAGCAAAAAUAUCACGGCCAAGAUCAAUGUCAAAGAGCUAUUUCCCUAUGUCAUCAUCCAGGACUUUUACAAGUCCAGGUCUUACAUUUAAGUCUUCGAUCCAUUUAGAUUUGGUUUUGGGGGAAUAGUGUAGGAUAAGAAUCCAAUUUCGUUCCUCUGCAUGUAUGUGUCUGGUUUUCCCAAUGCCAUUUAUUGAACAGACUAUCCUUUCUUCAUGCUGCAUUUUUGGCACCCUCAUCAAAGACUAAUUGACCAUAUAAGCAUGGCUUUAUUUCUAUAAUUUGUAAUAUAGUUUGAAAUCGGAGUCUGAAGCCUCCAGCUUUGUUCUUUUUAUCAAUAUUGCUUUGGCUAUUUGAUAUUUUUGUGCAUUCACAAAAUUUCUAGAAUGGUUUUAUUCUAUUUAUGUAAAAAAUGCCUGUGGAAUUUUAGUUGGGGUUAUACUGAAUCAGACAUUUUCUGGAGUAAUAUGGACAUUUAAAGAAUAUUAUUCUAACCCAUUAACAUGAGAUAUCUUUCCACUUAUUUAUCUCCUCUUGAGUGAACAGAUCUUUCACUCCCUCAGCUGUAUUUAUUCCUAUGUAUUUUAUUCUAUUGGAUGGUAUUGGGAAUGGUAUUCUUUUCUUAAUUACAUAUUUGGAUGGUUCCUUUUUGGUGUAUAGAAAUACAACCCAUUUAUAUAUGUUUAUUUUGUAUCCUGCAAGUUUCUUGAAUUCUUUAAUUCUGACGGGAUUUUGGUGGAGUCUUUAGAGUUUUUUAUAUGUAAAAUCAUGUCAUCUGCAAACAGAUGGCAAGAUAAUUUAACUUCCUCUGAUUUGAAAGCCUUUUCUUUCUUUUUAUUGCCUAAUUGCUCUGGCUAGUUUCCAGUAUUACGUUGAAUAGAAGCAGUGAGAGUGAGCACUCUUGUCUUCCUGAUCUUAGCUGAAAAUCUUUGCUUUUCACCAUUGAGUAUGAUUUAGCUGUGAGAUUUAUUAUGUAAAGGCACAUUCCUUCUAUAACAAAUCUGAGUUUUUAUCAUGAAAAGAUGUUGAAUUUUAUCCAAUGCUUUUUCUAUGUCUAUUGAGAUGCACAAUUGUUUUUGUCAUUUAUUCUGUUAAUGUGGCAUAUCAUAUUUAUUGAUUGGUGUAUGUUGAACCAUCUUUGCAUCUGUGGGAAAAAAAUUUGGGACCCCAAUUUACUAUGCCAAAAGGAAAAAAGAUAUUAAGCUGAAAGCUGAGUUAUGCAAGAAACUGCAUUUCCUUUGGUUUUUGUUUUCUUUUUGUUCCUAAUCAGUUAACUACAGAUAAAAGGUUAGAGUAACAGGCAGUAACUCCACAUUCUCCUUACCUGACAUAAAGUGAUGAUCCUUCUACUGAGUGUGAAAGGAAUACAUAAAUGACUAUUCACCUACCUGCUUCUUUGCUUCUUUUCUUCUUGCAACCUGUGGAUUAUCAUACUCUCCCUCUUUCCCCUCUAGCCUGCUUUCCCCUUUAAAUAUUAAAGUCCUCAAAAUUAUCUUUAAAGAAAAGCACAGACCACAGACUGUUUCUGUAAUUCUGUGUUCUUUUUUCCAAGCAUGUCCUUUACCUUGGUGAAAUAAACUUUCAAUCUGAUUGAGACCUGUCUCACAUACUUUUGGUUUAUACAUCCUAGGAAUAAUCCCACUUGAUUAUGGUGAAGUAUCCUUUUAAUGCACUGCUUAAUUUGGUUUGUUAGUAUUUUGUUAAUUUUUAUAAAAAAUUAUGAAAGCUGUUUAUCAGGAAUAGUGACCUAUAAUACUUUGGGAGUUAGUGUUCUUAUCUGGCUUUGGUUUAAAGGUGAUGUUGUCUUCAGUAAAUGAAUUUGGAAGUGUUUUUCCUCUUCACUUUUUUGAAAAAAUUAGAGGAGGAUGUGUUAGUUCUUUAAGUGCUUGGAUGAAUUCACCAUGAAGUCUUCUAGUCUUAGGCUUUUCUUGGGAGAUUUAUUUAUUUAUUUAUUUUUUUGAGACAAAGUCUCACUCUGUCGCCCAUACUCGGAGUGCAGUGGCAUGACCUCGGCUCACUGCAACCUCCGCCUCCUGGGUCCAAGUGAUCAUUUCAUGUGCUGAGUACUCUUAUACCUACUUUCUUAGCAAUUCUCAAGUACAUAAUUGUUGGAACUGUAGUCAGCAUGAUGUACCAUAAACCUCGUGAACUUAUUUCUCCUGCUUAAAUAAAAUCUUGUAUCCUUUGACCCACAUCUUCUCUUUCCUUCCUUGCUCCAAACUCUGGUAACCACCAUUUUACUCUUUGAUUCUAUGUGUUUGACUAUUGAACACUUCACAUAUAAAUGAAAUUGUGCAAUAUUUGUCCUAUGCCAGGCUUAUUUUAUUUAAAAUAUUGUCCUCUGGGCUUAUCCAUAUUUUUCCAAAUUAUAGAAUUGUCUUUGAUUUGACAAACUGAUCAUAAUAUGUCUCAGGUAUAAUGUUUUGGUUUGUUCUUGCUUGGGUUCCUUUGAACUUUAUGAAUCUGCAUGUCUCUAUCACUCACAAAUUUAGGAAAUGUUGUCAUUUUAGCUUUCUGUUUUUCUCUCUUCUCCUUCUGUGAAUGUCAUAAUGCACAUAUGUAUUUGCUUGAUGUUGUCUUAUAGUUUCCAGAUGCUUCUGCAUUUUAUUUUUUUGUUCCUCUAACUGUAUGAUCUAAAUUCAAGUUCAUUGUUUCCUUUCUCUGUAUGAUGAAAUAUGUUAUUAAAGUACUCUAUUGAACUUCUCA